AUGCCGGCCACCACUCCCGACCUACACUUCCGCGUCGCAACGGCAGCCGACCUGCCCCUCGUCCACCCCCUCAUCGAGUCGGCCUACCGCGGUGAAGGGAGCCGGCUCGGCUGGACGACCGAAACCGACCUGCUGGCAGGCACACGCAUCGACGAGGCAAGCCUCCUCGCCAAGAUCACCAACCCCGCCGGCGCCGUGUUGCUCGCCUUCACCCCCACCACCUCACCCUCCCCCCCAACACAAGAACCAGAACAACAAACCCCAACCCUCCUCGCCUGCUGCGAAAUCACCCAACCACCCCCCCCCACCACCACCACCACCACCUCCGCCACAUCCAACUUCUCCCUCUUCGCCGUCUCCCCGCGCCAUCAAAACACCCACAUCGGCCGGCGCAUGCUGGCGCACGCCGAGGGGUACGCGGCGCGGGCGUGGGGCGCCACACGCCUCGAGCUGACCACCAUUGCGUCGCGCACCGAGCUGGUCGCGUGGUAUGUGCGGCGGGGGUUUGUGGCGACGGGGGAGGAGCGGCCGUUUCCGGAGGAGGAGUUGAGGAGGUCGGGGGGGAGGGCGUUGGUGGGCGGGUUGAGGUUCGUGGUGUUGGUGAAGGGGUUGGAUCGGUUGGGGGGGGAGGGGGUGGAGGGGGGUAGGGAUGGGGAUGGGGGGGGGAUGGUAGGGGUGUGA